CUUUAUAUUUGUUUUCAUGACAAAUAUAAUGUAACUCCCCCUUUAGAGUGGGAAGUAACUUCCACAUAAUAUUAACCGUAUCUUUUUUAUAAGAAUGAAAAACCAACAUUUUUAUAAAUCUCAUAUUUUUCAUUUUAUCAUGUAACUUCCUUCAAUAACUACCAUCUUUGAUUUACACUUUCAAGUUGUGUGAUAAAAUGACCCUUAUUAACAUUGCAACUAUUGUUUCUUCUCGAUCUUCAUUUUUCUCCAAAAAUGAUGUUUUGUGUGACAGUGGAAGAAAAGAGGUUAUGAAAUGUCAGUUUCAUUUCUCUAGCAUAUUUCUCAUUUCUAUUAAUGUAGCGGUAAAUUCAUGAUCAUCAAGCCAUGGAUAAGCUACCCAUCAAAUAACAAGAGUCGUCACCGCACUUUUAUUGUUUCCAAGGGAAAAGGGGAAAAAUACGAACAAAACCCAAAAGUAAGAAGUUUUUAAAUCAAAACUAAUAAAAUGUCAGAGAUUAUGAUCUCCCAUCUUUACCCCCUAAUACAAUAGACAGAGGUACAGUUUUAAGUAUCAUACAAGAGGAGCUAGUGAUCGAUAUCCCCAAUGAAGAUAUUGAAUUUGUUGCUAAGUUAAAUAAUGAUCAAAUGAUUGCAUUCAACACCAUUAUGAAUGUAAUUGUUCAAAAACACAGUGGGGUAUUUUUUGUUGAUGGUCCAGGAGGAACAGGUAAAACAUUCCUUUAUAGAACAUUAAUGGCAAAUUUAAGAAGUAGAGGAGAAAUUGUCUUAGCAAUUGCAUCAUCUGGUAUAGUUGCAACAUUGUUACCCGGUGGUAGGACUGCACACUUUCGAUUUAAGAUACCUAUUGAUAUUCAACCGAGUUCCAUUUGUGGUAUUCAAAAGCAAAAGGAUCUUGCAAAUCUCAUUAGAGUUGUUGUCGCAAUAAUUUAGGAUGAAGCACCAAUGACAAACAAAAAUUGUUUGGAAGCCUUAGAUCGAUCAUUACAAGACAUUUGUAGCAACAAUGCUCCAUUUGGUGGAAAAGUUCUGAUCAUGGGGGGAGAUUUUCGUCAAGUUCUUCCUCUUGUAAGAAAAGUUACUAAGGCACAAAUGAUUUCAGUGUGUAUUGUUCAGUCUCAUUUAUGGAAUCAUACCAAGAUUUUGUGUUUGCGUCAAAAUAUACGAUCAUUGCAUGAUCAAGAGUUUGCAGAAUUUCUUAUUCGCAUUGGUGAUGGUGUUGAACCUACCAAACCAGAUGACAUGGUGAGGUUACCUUUACAUAUUGCAAUCCCAUGGGAAGGUGAACAUUCCAUACAAGUACUUAUCCAACAUAUUUUUCCUAAUUUAGAAUUGCAUGGUUGGGAUGCCCCAUAUAUGGUACAAAGAGCUAUUUUGACACCAACAAAUGAUGAUGUCCAGAAAUUGAAUGAUAUGAUUAUCAAUCAGUUUCCAGGAGAAGAACAUAAUUUGUUAUCAUUUGACGAGGUUGAAGGAGAUAAUCAUAAUUUAUACCAGCAAGAAUUCUUAAACUCAAUUGCACAAGGUAGUUUGCCACCACAUAUUCUAAAGAUAAAAAAGGGUGCACCUUUGAUGUUGUUACGAAAUCUAGAUCCUAGACAUGGAUUGUGUAAUGGGAUCCGGUUAUUAUGUCGUGGUUUAUUUAUGAAUAUGUUGGAUGUGGAAAUCUUGACAGGAAGCAACGCAGGAAAACAUGCUUUUUUGCCUAGAAUUAAAAUAAAAACAUCUGCAAGUGAUGGACUGUCUUUUGUCCUUAGUAGAAAUCAGUUUCCUGUGCGACUAAGUUUUGAAAUUACAAUAAAUAAAUCACAAGGACAAAUCAUUCCAAAUGUUGGAAUAUAUCUUCCACGACAUGUUUUUAGUCAUGGACAGUUAUAUGUGGCUUUAUCCAGGGGUGUUUCACAGACUACAACAAGAGUUUUAACCAGGGAAGGAAAAUUGAAAGGAGAAGAUGGUGACUACACAAAAAAUGUAGUCUACAAACAAAUUCUUUUAUCGCACCCGCAUGUAUUUAUUAAGUACAUUGAAAAAAUUGCUCACACGUUGAUUCCCAUUUUGGCUACACGACAUACCAAGCUUAUAUUCCAAACUAGAACACAGUGA